AGCGCCAACUCGGCUCAGGCUGUCGCCUGGCGCGCGGCUUGCGAGUCCGCGCCAGGCGGCCCCUCGGCCGCUGCCCCCCGCGGGCCCUCUCCCCGCCUUUCCUCCGCGGCGCCCCCUCCGCGGUUGGGGAUGUCGGCCCCGCCCUGGCUUGCCUCCGGGGCGCCUGCGCGGCCGCCCAUGCCAGGCGCGCGCUGGCGCGAGCAGCUCAUGCGUUGCUCCGCGCCUUCGGCGCCCUCAAGCACCGUGGGUGCCGCCCCGCGCGCGUGGGCGCGGCGCUGGCUGUGGCGCUUGGUUCGGCGGCGGCUUCUCGUGCUCCCGCUGCCCCGCCACCUCGCGCUGCUGCACCUCCGGAGUCCGCGCCAGGAGACGUUCGGAAUGCCGAUGAUGGUGCACAUGACGGGGCUUCAGGCGCUGCGGCGGCCGCCGCGUCUGGCUCGGCGGCGGGCGGACAGGCGGCGGCGCCUUCGGCGACCGUGGUGCUCCCGAGGGUCUCGCCCUCACCCGUUCGGCUGCGCGGCACGGGCUCUUCUUCGGCAGCGGCGGGGGCGGCGGCUGCUGAGAUCCCGUUGCGCGGCUUGGCGCGCUCCUUGGAUCCCGAGCCCAGGGGAAGCAAGCAGAAGGUCGAGCCGGCGGCGACUCUCGGCGGCGGCAUGCGCAGCAUCCCCGUCGGCCCCGGCCUGGAGCCAGCCUCAGGCCUCGCCAGAGUCGUUGGGCAGGCUCCAGCUGGACCCUCGACGUCAUCUUCCGAGGGCGCGCGCGGGGGCCAGAUGCGGCUCGCCCUUCGGGACUCCGUUGAAGCUUUCAGCCUUCAGCGCGGCAACUGGCAGGCGCUGCGCCUCAGCGGUGCCCCCCUCAGGCUUCUGGAAAGGAUGGGCGUGGCAGACGCCCUCCAAACGGCGCUGCAACUGGCGGCGUUCAAUGUGAGCGGCCCCCCGCCGACCGCUGGAUUCUGAACGCCGCCCGCCCCUUCGGCCUGGCGGCGGUUGCUGAUGCGCAGUGAAUUGAAUUGUUUCUUGCCGUGGAGUUCGUUUGGGGCCCGAGGGGGCCCCGAGGAGCUCUUCGGACGUUGCCGAAUGCAUGCGCGCACGCGCCUUGGCGCUCGUUGCUUCGAAAAAUUAAAAAUGCUCCCGCCGCGAGUGGCCUCCGCUCGCGCUGGCCACGCCGUCGCUCGGCGCAUGAAUUAACUCGAGGCCUCGGCCGCGCGGGGAGACAUGAUUCACUGCGUGGGGCCCCCCAUAUGUGCAUCUCAUGGUUUAUGUCAUGCCAGAGUGAGCGUCUGUUCAUGAGCG